AUGAAUCAAUCUAAAAUUAAUCUUCUUGAUCUACCUAAUGAAAUAUUAUUUAUUGUUUUAAAAAAGUUAAACAAUAUGGAUGUUUUUUAUUCAUUAUUUGAUGUUGAUAAACAACGACUUGAUGUUCUUUUACAAGAAAGUAUUUUUACUAAUACUCUCAAUUUUGUAUUAACAACAUUGACUGAUGAUAUUUUAUCAUUUGCUGAUCGAAUAAUUGAUAAAUUUUGUAUGAAUAUAUUACCAAAAAUUCAUAAUAAUGUUAAAUCUCUUACUGUUGAUUCAUUAUAUAUGGAACGUAUUCUUCUUACUGGUAAUUAUCCCAAUUUAGCUGAACUUAAAUUAUUUAAUUUUAAUGAUAAAUUUGUUUCACAUUAUUUUACAAUUGAAUCAUCAUUUCGACAUAUAUUUCAACGACAAAUAACAGAUCUUAUUCUUGUAUUCAAAGAUGAUUAUAAUGAAAUUACAAUUAAACAGCAUACAAUAGAUAUUUAUGGAUAUAUUUUAAAAUUCUUUGAAAAUUUAAAACAUUUAUCUAUUAUUCAAUC